CAAUUAGAGACGCAAAUGGUCGCAACUCAAACUCGCCUAAACGAAUUACAAGACCGCUAUAAUGCCAUUCCGGAAGAAAUUCGGCGUUCGAGAAAAAAAAAGGGAGAAGAUUCGGAAAAGAUACAAGAACAGGUGAAGACUUUGAAUACUGAACUCCAAGUGCAAAAAGUCGAACAAGCCCUUGAACAAAUUCGCCAAGAAAAUGCGGCUCAGAAAACUAAGGAAAUUAAGAGCGAUCAAUCGCGAAAAACUUCCCCGUUGUUGACAACAAAAGAGUCCUCAAAAGAACCGGCAAGAGAUUAUCCAAAAUUAAUGGCAAUUGGAAUGUUGGAAAUUCUCGAAGCAAUAGUUUCUAAAGAAUAA